AUCUGCUGUUUUUUCCUGCCAGGGCCGCCGCUCAGGAACGGCAGUCUCUACCACCUCCCACGGCGGCCAUGUCACAGACCGACCAGGCCAGGCCGAUGGCGACUGCUGAUCUGGAGGCCGCCAUUGCGGCGCUCCCCGGCAAGAAGCAGCGGCUGCGGGAAUCCUUCCACCGCCUCGUCGCAUGCGCGCCGCCCCAUGUCCAGCUCCCAUUCACCUGGCACGACAUUGAUGCCUACGUCUCCUCUCUUCACUCCUCCCUUUCCCUCCGGUUCCGCCAGAUGCAGCAGCGGCCCCACCCCGUCGCCCCUCUCUCAACUCCCCACGACGAGUUCAUCCAGGAGGACCAGGAGAUGGUUAGGGAUGACGAUGAAGACGAGUCCUCAGUUGAAGAAAUGAAGGAAGAUAACAUGCAGAAAGAUAGAGAGGACAUGAGGAAGAAGGUGAUCCUCCCACGUCUAGACACAGGCAUUGGCUUUGUGGCAGCGCCAUGCCACAGGGCGGGAGGAACUCUUGAUCAAGAGUUUCGGAUUCCGACGCGGGUUCACGCCCCGUGCACCGGCAACCCUAUGCUUCAACAGCCAUACAUGAGGGCACUCCCGCCUGAUGUGAUCAUUCCUGCGCUCGGGCGACAACAACCAUACAUGGCGUACCAACACGAGUUUCCUGCCAUGCCGAUGAGCAACAAUGUUCCUAUGAUCGUCCAGCAGCCAUACACGCCGUACUUCGGCCAAGAGUUCUUUCCUGGUGUUUUGAGGCAACACACGAUGGGCAUCGACCAUGUACUUCAGAACCAGCAUUACAUGUCGCACCAUCAACCCUACUUCCCACAACACUCCAUGUCGCACCAUGGGUACACACAAAGGAUGCAUGCACUAGGUUUUCCAAUCCCCCAUGAGUUGGACAGUGAUGUUGUUCCCGAUUCAUCUUCUUUAAGAAAGAAUACAUUGGGUGAAUUUUUUAUUACGCUUAAGACCCUUGAAAAUGGAAUCCAGAAGGACGUCAAUCAAGCAACGAUGGUGAAUAAAACAACCACUUUUAAGAAGAAGGACAAGUCAAAGAAAACAGGCAAGUCCAAGGGGCCCAAUAAGGCUGGUACACCUGGAAAGUCUAAGAAGAUUGGCGCCACUGCGGAUGCCGAGUGCUUCUUUUGUAAGGAGAAAGGUCACUGGAAGAGGAACUGCAAGAAGUAUUUGGCAGAAAAGAAGAAGUCUGCAAAUUCCAGCCCCAGUAUGAGUGUCAUACAUGGGCUUGAUGUAUUCCUUGCUAAUUCAUAGUGUAAUUCUUGGGAACUGAAUAUCAGGUGCUCAUAUUUGCAACUCUAUACACGGAAUAUAGAGGCCUAAGC